AUGACGAACAGAGGGAAGGUGAAAGAAAAGAAUGUAAUUACAAAGAAGAGUAGAGAAGCGCAGAAAGAAAUGAAGAGUGAUCAAAGAAGGGAAGCACAUGUAGGAGGGAAGAACAAAGAUUAUGAAAUAAUGAGGAACAGCGGAAGUCAUGCUGAAGGAAAACUGAAGAAAGAUGCAGCGAAAGGCAGAAAGAAAACAUCAGGCUCCAAAUAUCUAAAAAUCUCCCAAGCAAAAAUGGAGAAAGGGGUACUUCCCUGUUCUCCUUGUUACCUGAACCAAAUUGUAAGGAAAAGAGCAUUUUAUCACAAGGUUUACAACAAGGUUUACAACAAGGUUUACAACAAGGUUUACAACAAGGUUUACAACAAGGUUAACAAGGUUUACAACAAGGUUUACAACAAGGUUUACAACAAGGUUUACAACAAGGUUUACAACAAGGUUUACAACAAGGUUUACAACAAGGUUUACAACAAGGUUUACAACAAGGUUUACAACAAGGUUUACAACAAGGUUUACAACAAGGUUUACAACAAGGUUUACAACAAAGUUUACAACAAGGUUUACAACAAGGUUUACAACAAGGUUUACAACAAGGUUUACAACAAGGUUUACAACAAGGUUUACAACAAGGUUUACAACAAGGUUUACAACAAGGUUUACAACAAGGUUAACAACAAGGUUUACAACAAGGUUUACGACAAGGUUUACAACAAGGUUAACAACAAGGUUUACAACAAGGUUUACGACAAGGUUUACAACAAGGUUUACAACAAGGUUUACAACAAGGUUUACAACAAGGUUUACAACAAGGUUUACAACAAGGUUUACAACAAGGUUUACAACAAGGUUUACAACAAGGUUUACAACAAGGUUUACAAC